GCUCAAUAAGCCCCGCCCACUCUUUGUUACACAUUAAUGUUUUUUUGCCAUUCUAUCGGUUUACUGUAUUUCUGUGAGAGAAGAGCAGCGCGUUGCCGCAUCUGAGCAUCACAGUCAUCAUGUCUUACAGAAUGAUGGACAGCAGUCACUCACAGCCGAGAGAUUUCAACAACCUCACUCAGACAUGCAGCUCAAACAUCCAGAAAAUCACGCAAAACACUGGUCAAAUCAAGAGCAUGCUUUUCCAACUUGGUACCAGACCAGACACACCAGAACUUCAGGACAGACUCCAGCAAAUGCAGCACUACACAAACCAGUUAGCAAAAGAGACCAACAGACAUCUGAAAGACCUGGGCUCUCUACCACAGCCACAGUCUCCUUCAGAACAGCGGCAGCAGAGGAUUCAGAAAGACCGUCUGAUGAAUGACUUCUCAGCUGCCCUCAACAACUUCCAAGUGGUCCAGCGGCGAGCCGCAGAGAGGGAGCGUGAAUCAGUGGCGCGGGCACGAGCUGGCUCCAGACUCCACGUUGAUGAGCUCAAUCAAGAUGAACAGCUUGUGACAUUUGAAAAAAAUGAAGGGUGGAGGAUGCAGACAGAAGAGGAACCUUUCAACGAAGAGGACCUUGAGCUUAUUAAAGAGAGAGAAACUAAUAUCCGUCAGCUUGAGUCAGACAUUAUGGAUGUGAAUCAGAUCUUCAAGGACCUUGCAGUCAUGAUCCAUGACCAGGGUGACAUGAUAGAUAGCAUUGAAGCCAAUGUGGAGAGUGCAGAGGUGCAUGUGGAGCGAGGAUCCGAACAACUCCAGCAUGCGGCUUAUUAUCAGAGAAAAUCCCGCAAGAGGAUGUGUAUUCUGGCUCUUGUCCUGUCGCUGGUGGCGACCAUCUUUGCUAUAAUCAUUUGGCAAGCAAUCAGAUAAGAUGGGCGCAGAAUCGGACAGAAGUACUGGAUCCUACUUCAGUGUUGAGUGAAUGACGUGUGUGUGUGUUUAUUGUGUGUGCAAAUGCAAGCACAUAUUUGUGGGGGAAAAAAUGACUUCAAUUUCUGUAGGAAUGGCUGGUAAUAUUGUGAUGUGAACCUAGGGUCUCUUAAACGUUUCGACCUAUAUACUCCCUUCUUAUCUAAGACAAUUAUCAAACAUGUAUUUCAUUCUAAGUGUACUACAAAUACAAUUACAUAUUUACGUACUUAAUAAAAAUUCCCUGCAAUUGUACUUCUGGUAUACUAAACCGGUAUACUUAAAGUCUGAUAAAUUGGAACAACUAAUUUUGUACUUUAAUUGUGAGGAAAUAGUGCUGAAGUCCAACUAAAGAUAUACUGAAGUAUAUUUGAUUGUGCUAAAGUGGAACUAUUGCAAGUAUACUUCGUGUACACUUUAAAUAUCUUGCAUUUAAAGUCCAAUAUUAUUCAAAGAUUAUUCAAUCCUCAUCAAAAGUGUCAUUAAAAACAUUUUAAGCUUAAUAUUAGGAAAUGCACAUUGUGCUCAAGUGGUGUUCCAAAUAAGUUUCAUGUCAGUAAGUCUCGAGCGAUAUGUCAGUAAAUAAUAUAUUAAUAGAUUGGAACUAUACUUGGUAUGAAAUAAAUUGUGGAUCAGAUCCCAAUACUAAGAGCCAUUCAUGCAGAAAUACACAUCAGUGUUUUCACUAAAUCUUCACAUAUGUGUUAAAUAAGCAAUGCUAGUAAGAGAAUAGUUUCCUCUAUUAAAAUGUCUGUCUAUGAAAUAUCUGGAGCAUAUACAGUACAGCAUCAAUCAUGAUAAGGUUUACGUUUGCAACCACUUGCAUGAAUGUAAUUCCUUUUAAAAAAUUGUGUUUUGUUGCUUCAGGUCUUGAUUCAUUUUUUCAAAUGAAAUUAUGCAAAAUAAUAGUUUAUUCUUCAAAAAUAUUUAUUUCUCAAAAUUAUAUCAAAGACUUUAAUGUUGUGUAUCUUUUUAAUGCCCAGUGCUUUGAUUCUCGCAAGUACAUGUAUUUCUUAGUAGUACAUAAAUAUGAAAUACGUUUUAAUAAAUUGUUCUUCAAUGCUUAUCUUCUAUCUCUAUCUAUCAGUUUGUUUGUUUUUUCAGAUGAUCAAUAUUUAUUUCAGAUAAUUUGUUGUUAAUGUUUCC